GAUGGAUUCAAGCUCUCCCGCAAUAAAUCAGACAGAAUGGUCCUUUGGCUUCUACCUCUUCUCCACGACUGAAUUACCUCGAAAGAUUUUCGCUUGGAAGUUUCCACGAAAAACCAAGAAAUCCAAUCCAAGAAACCAGAUGCGUUGAUAGAGAAGAAAAGGAAAUCGAAGCAGCAAUAGCGGCAGAAAUGAGUGGCAGCAGCAGCAACAACAUAAACUCCGUCUUCUACGCAGAAUCUUUCCAUCCAAUACAAGCAGGAAGCAUCGACGGAACUGACAUUCUCCCUCACGACAAUGCGGUCUACAGAGCCCUCCUCUGCUCAUCUGCUGGCCUUUAUGACCCAUUUGGGGAUCCUAAGGUUAUUGGAGACCCUCACUGCACUCUGUUCGUCGGCCGGCUUUCGCAUCUCACAAACGAAGAAAUGCUCCGAAAGGCUAUGAGUAGGUAUGGAAGGGUGAAGAACUUGCGAUUGGUGAGACACAUUGUAACUGGUGCUUCACGUGGUUAUGCUUUCGUUGAAUAUGAAACUGAGAGGGAGAUGCGGCAUGCAUAUGAGGAUGCUCACCAUUCCAUCAUUGAUGACAGUGAAAUAAUUGUAGAUUAUAACAGGCAGCAACUGAUGCCUGGAUGGAUCCCCCGAAGGUUAGGAGGGGGACUUGGUGGUAAGAAGGAAUCAGGUCAGCUUCGCUUUGGAGGACGAGAAAGGCCAUUCCGAGCUCCCCUGCGCCCUAUUCCUUGGGAUGAUCUGAAAAGGCUAGGUAUUCCACCACCACCAGAAGGUCGAUAUAUGACGCGCUUUCAGGUUCCUUCUCCUCCAAGACGGAGAAGAAGCCCAGCAGCAGAACGGGAAGAGCGCUCUCACAAGCACCAUAGACGGCAUAGCAAGCAUUCCCAUCGGCAUGAGAGGAGGCGGUCUUCAAGUAGAGAACGAAGUUCUGACUGAUGAACUGUAGUUGGUUAAUGCAUGGUUCUGUGUAGUACGAGGCCUUGACAUCCAGCACAUUAUAAUUGCAUUAUACAAAAAUGUGGAAGGUCCUUUUCUAAAUAAUUUGAACGUCCGAUAUUAUCUGCCAAAACAUUCCUUGGAGAUUGAUGAAUUUUUUGUAAAAUAUAGCCACUGGAUUUAGAACAUUUGGAUCUAAGACUGGCACGUUCCAUUGCCCAA